AUGAUAUGCUCCGCCAUUCGAGGUCUAGGUAGCUCUAGUACCCCUGAUCCUCCCAACGACGAGGAACGUGGCAACAACCCAGAAAUUGACAUCAAGAAGCCCGAGUCUACAUGGAGUGAUCUUGGCUAUAAUGACAUCUAUAUACUCGCUCUGAACCUGCUUGCGACUUUACCCCAGAAACGUGCCGAAGAGCAGAAAGCUACUUCAAGCCUUAUACCAGUCACGGAAGAAGAGAGGACAUACCUUGUGAAGGGUUUCGUUCUCGAAAAAGCAAUCGCCGACUUGCUCUUAGAACAAAGGGUUUACUUUAUACAUUUCCCAUCUGUCUACUGUUAUGACAAGAAUCACAUCAUAUGUCGCAUUGGAGAAGGGCACAUGUAUCACCAGGUCACAACCAUACAUCCAAAUCCGCCGGGGCUACAAGUUGUGUUUGAUAUCGAAGGGGUGGAGUACUGCUUUGACUAUGCUGGUGUGCUAUGGAGCAAACUUGGGAGUAACUGGUUGAUCGAGACAACUUACCCCGAACUACAUUCCGCGCUGUCUAGAGUAGUCGAAUAUAUCGAAGCUAGUAACCUACACAUUGACCCGGGCCCAAGUUAUGGAUCGCCUAGUGGUGGCCCUAGCCAGAGUACCGUAAGCCAAAGUGAGAUGCAUAGCAUGAGCACAAAUACCUCUGAAGAAGAGAGCCUUCGCCCUCUCGGUCCAAAUCCAGAUCAGCUAGAGAUUGACGAAUGGAUUAACCACAUGAAGCAAUACCGCGCUCUACGAGCCAAAGAAGGGAUCCGUCUGGCCCCUAUUCGUUGCCCAGUAUUGACAUGCGGUAAGAUACAGCGACGCCCUCAGGCACUACGAGCUCAUCUCUAUUUCCAUUUCAGCAUAAAACCGUAUUGGUGUGAUUAUGGUUGCCCUAUCGCAUUUGAAACCGAGGCAAACAAGAACAGACACCUUGAGACUUGUGCUUUUGCACAGGGAUCAAACUAA